AUUGUAAUAGUCCCUUGGGCGUGUCCAAUGGUUCUAUUCCUGAUUCACAACUGAGUGCAUCCUCCACCAGUGACUCAAAGCUCAAUGGCCCUCAUCAAGGUCGAUUGACUAGGAAAGUUACAAGUACAGGCUGGUGUUCGGCAGAAGGCAAGAUUAUGAAGGAAUAUCUUGAAGUAGAUCUCGGCCGAGACAUGAGAAUAUCAGGCUUCGCUUCUCAAGGGAUCCAAGUCUGGAAUAGGACUACAAAAGGCUAUGAUGCCUAUCACGUUACCAAGUUCUACAUAUCUUACAAGAGAAGCUAUGAUGAGGAGUGGAGAUGGAGACAAUAUAGAGAAAAUGAAGUGACUGUCACGUUAUUUGAAAGUAACCAAACAGAAGUCAAGAGACACACUCUGCUAACACCACACAUAGCUAGAUAUGUCAGGUUUGUUGUGUUGGAGGGAUCUGGAAACAGAGCCUGCUUCAAGGUCGAGUUGUAUGGUUGUCCGUGGACUAAUCAAGAUGGUCUAUUGUCUUACCGUAUGUCCCAGGGUACCGGUCGGUCUAACGGUCCAGGUCUUGGAGACCUGAGAGAUGUUGGUUAUGAUGGGCGUAGACUUUCCUACGGCACUAAAAGAGGUGUACUAUCCAAUGGCCUUGGUCAGUUAGUAGACGGUCUACUAGGGGUUAACGCCCCUUGGAAUGAUACUGUCAAUCCUGCUUGGAUCUCCUGGAUUGGAUGGCGUGACCGUGUCGCGGAACAUCCCACCAUCACCUUUAAGUUCUCUUCUGAAAGAAAGUUUUCAAAGAUACGUUUUCACGUGUUGAAUCAACCAGGAGCUGAAAAACUGCUUUUUGGAAAGGUAGUUAUUUCAUUCAGCUCUGACGGAGAGUAUUAUUCCUGGAAAAUCGUGUUCGAGCCAAGUCUCGAGAAAAGAAAAAUGAAAAACAUGGCCUUCUUCCUCGACGUGGACCUCGAACACAACGAGGGAAAGUACAUCACUUGUGAAUUCAAAUAUCAUGGGUGGUGGGUGUUGCUCAGUGAGGUAGAGUUCUUGUCAGUUCCAAUUAAUGGUCCAUCGAACAUAAGCAAUUUAGAUAUUGAUGACAAUAAGAAGAAAAACUACACACAGCCACCUCUUAUACCUACUGAUAUUGUAUGGGAUGUCAAAGAAUCAGGUAAACCAAAUAAAGGCUUCAAUGGAGACGCCAUUUUGUAUGCUUCCAUCGCAGCAGGAAUAGUGGGUGCUAUUCUUUUGAUAUCUGGUAUUAUCCUUUGUCUUCGACGAAAAUGCAAAAGACAACACCACAGCGCUACGUCUGAACCUCUUCGGAUUCUGAAUCCUCUGAAAAAGAAUUCGCUCAAUCGAAAUAAUGAUCGAGGUGCGCGCGCAGCGAAGCAAAAGCUGAAGGAAAUAGAGAUGGAAGAACAUGAGAGCGAGAUAGAUGAAUACAGCAAAGAUAUAAAAAUGAAAAUGGAAGAUGAGGAAGACGAUGAGGAGAUAUUUUGUAAACUCAACAACUGGAAGUCAAACUACGGUCACUCAUUGUUUAAAGAUGGCUACCAAGGAGAAACAUCAGCCAAUCUUAGACCUGAAUCACGUGAGAUUACUCUAGAAGAAGAGAAAGCAGAAGUACUAGCAGAGAUGCGCAGACUGUCUGAUAGCUCAGACCAACUGUAACUAUGCAUCUCACAUAUUAGAACUGCUGGGCUACCUGUGGUGCUACUACAUUUUUCUAAUGCAAAGCAAAUAUGAAAAAAAUUAACAGCUGAUCAUUAUGCUUGCUUACCGACUGCAAACUGAGAAGAAAGAUCUCUACAAUUACGAAGAUUAUUAUCCUUGGCUAGAUCAAGGGACUACACUACCAUGGAUCUCUCGUAUCCGGUCUGACUCACUGAUCAAGGGAUUUGUAUUAUUUUAUUGUAGAGAAAAUGAAGCUUCUGUUUUAAAGCCGCAGCAAGUACCUUCAUAUCUUAGUAUCACUAUGAUUCUUGUUUAUUAUUCGAAAUCAGUGUAAGUGGUUAUUCUGUAUCUGUUUUAACAGAUAUCGUAUUUAGAAGUGUGACAAUUUGGAGACUUGCAGAUCCAAGUCAAACCAAUCACAGUCUAAUACUAUGGGCUGAAAAAGAUGUCAGCGGUUGUAGGCUCCUCUGACAUGCUUAUGCUAAUAGUUCGACCAAUUCCUAUACUUGAUCGAUCGUUUAUUUCCGUCACUGCUGCUUUGGAUUUAGAGAGGGUUUUUGACGCUUGCGUGUCAUAUGUAUCGUUCUAUUAAUCAGGUCAGUAGUAUUAGUCUAUAACAGUCCAACCAUGCUAUUUUUGUUGAAACUAUUUCAUAUUCUCGUAGCAUCUUAUUGAUGGUUGCUCUGAUAUAAUGUUUCAUCCUAGAAUUUCUACACAAUUUUUUCACCCAAGCAAACCGUCUUUCGAAACAAUUUGGGCAUCAUAAGUGGCAGUGAGUUGGUUUCAGGUUCUAAGAAAUUCAUCGUGCGCGCAACUUUCUUGGGUUGCAAGUAUUCGUUCUAUAACCACAUCGUGCGCAUGAAACUUUUUGGCGGCCUCCAAUGAAGAAUGUUUUGCGCGCGGAACUGUAAGACGCGCAACAUUUGCCAUACAAUUGGCAACGUUACAGUCGGUUCCACCACAAAGUAUACUCGUGAUGAUCGUGGUUUAUGACGUCAUAGAGUGGUUUUAAUUUGUAGUGUAACAUAUGUUAGUCUAAUCAUACUAAUGGUCUAUCGUAAAUGCCGCGCUCUUAUUGGCUAAUGGUUUAUUUGUUUGAAGCAUGGGUGGCGUAGCGGUGAGAGUGCUCGCCUCUCACCAAUGCGACCCGGGUUCGAGUCCCGACGAGCUCGGUGUUGUAUGUGAAUUGAGUUGUUUAUUGGUUCUCUCCUGUGCUUCGAGGGUUUUCCGGGUUCUCCGGUUUUCCUCCCUUCGCAAGAACCAACUACUAAAUUCUAGUCCGAUCCUAGGAGAUAUUCACGAUAAGGCUAACCUCAAUAUCUCCUUUCGCACUCACUGAUGCGAAUGAAAUUAGUGUGUUUUAGUGAUACACAACUAGUGUGAAAAAAACCUUUUUUUGCAUCAAAAUAAUGGCGAAUAAAUCGCGUGUCCAACCUAAUUUAAAUUUUUUUGUUUCCAUUUUUUUUUACCAUUCUCAAAUGGUACGUGUCAGAAGUUCUUAGAACUGGUUCAGGCCCGCGAUUCUCCAGUUCUAAGGAAUGACGCGUUCCAUUUUAGAACUGGUCACUCCGACCGAUCGGUUCGAAUAGAAAGCACCCUUAGACUAAAACAAUUAGACCUUACGCCCGAAUGGUCUACGAGUCAAUAGCCCAUUCGGGCGGGCUGCUGGUCUAAUUAUUAAAUACCGUAUUUACUCAAAUAGACGCCGCCCCCGAAUAGACGCCGCCCUCAAAUAAACGCCGCUCCUGGGACUAAAAAUAGUAAUAGACGCCGCCCCCGAAUACACGCCGCAGCUGGAUCACGCCGCGGAGUCUAUUCGAGUAAACACGGUAGUAGACAAUGAUUCUCUUGUCUUUACACACUAACUAAUAGUUUCUGUUAGUUUAUGGGGGGAGGGGGAGGGUUUAAGCCAUUUCCAAACUUUCUAAUAUGUGUCUCCCUAGAGUCGUACUUGGCUUUUGGUCCAAGAUAGAAAGUGCUGUUUAUUUCAGUGUGUUAAAUAUGUAUAUAUAACAAUUCAUUAAAGCAAUUUACCGCUUGUUUUCCAAUGCUUACAGCGAAGUGACCUUCAAUGAAGCUGUAAGCAGCUAUUUAUUAAUGAGUAGAAGUUGUUUUGCUUGGUAGGCUGCAGCUUUGUGAAUAACUAUAAUUUGAAAUAAAUUUGAUUAUUUCACGUCUAGUAUUUGAUUUGAGUCAAAUCCAACUAGUGGUCUAUCGUCAAUGCUGUGUUCUGAUUGGAUGAGAUACUACUAGGCUAUAAGUUAUAUCCUACUAGUAUCGAAAAAUGCGACUAGUUUGAUUUGACUGAAACAAUUAGGCCUCUCGACCUCAUGGGCUAUUGACUCACAGCCCAUUCGUGCUUGAGGACUAAUAAGCCUGAAGCGAGAUGACGUUUUACCCCCGACUCUAUACCAUAAUAGUUUUUAAAAUUGUUUCAUAUUAAAAUUUUUGAUUCCUUAGAGAAUACAGGAACAAUAGUCAUAAUUAAAGAACAAAAGCAGUGUGAAAAGGAUUAUGGUCUAGAGACGGGGGUAAAACGUCAUCUCGCUUCAGGCUUAUUGCACUAAAUAAGUGGCCUAUUUCUGACUCAUAGCCCAUUCGUGCUCAAGGACUAAUUGCUAAAUAUGAUAAAAUAUUUUUAUUGACUAUUUGAGGUACUGUAAAUUGUGAAUUUAUAGAAAGUGAUUUCAUUGUUGUUGAACAUUUAAGGAUUUUAUUUCUAUCCAAACUAUUUUGUAAAUACUUUAUUUGUAUUAUGUUUUAUUCAUUCAAUUAGCUGGAUUUUCGCGCAUCACUUGUUAUCAUUUCAAACAUUUUUAGAGAUUAAAGCAACCCUUUAGUAGCG